AUGCUGGGGUCCCUCUGCACUCUCAUCACUGCUCUCACAUGUGUGAGUGGUGUGACGGUGGUGACACAGAAGCCUCCUUUAGUGACGGUGAGGAAAGGAGAGACAGCCACCAUGGACUGUAACCUGGGGACUGUUACUGAAAGUAGUGCCCGGUGGUACAGACAGAUCCCAGGAGAAGUUCCUCUCUAUAUGCUGAGAUUUUAUCAUAGUUAUAGUUCACCCAAAUAUGAAACUGGGUUCCCGUCUUCAAGACACACAGCAACUCAUCAGUCAACAUCAGAUUAUCGUUUGAUCAUCAACAAUGUAGAAGAAGGAGACUCUGCAGUUUAUUACUGUCAAACAUGGGAUGACUCUGUGAAUGAGGUGGUAUUCGGACCAGGAACCAAGCUGAUUGUAACAGGCUCCAGCCUCCCUCCUCCUGUCCUGACUGUCUUCCCUCCAUCCAGUGUUGAGCUCCAGUCCAACAAAGCCACUCUGCUCUGUCUGUCCAGUCAGUCUGGACCCUUUGCAGAUGUGAGCUGGCUGGUUGGUGGGAGUCCAGUGACCAGUGGGGUCUCUACCAGCACGGCUGUUCAGAGACCAGAGCAGACUUUCCAGAUCAGCAGCUCUCUGACCAUCCAGACAUCAGACUGGAACAUGAAUACACUUUACACAUGUAAAGUGUCUUUGGGCUCCCAGACUUCAGAGAAAACCAUCAGCAAGUCAGGAUGUCCUGGUGAAGAAUAG